GAGAACCGCUCUCGAAAUUCAUAUGUCUGUACAAAGUGGUAUAAAUAUAGAUUAGUGUGUUUAUUCAUUGUGAUACAAUUGCCAGUACCAACACCGUACAUAAUGGAGGAAUUACAUUCGUGUAGUUGUUGCCUGGUGCAUCCUCCAGCAAAGGGGCUCAAAACUGUGUAUAAACAUCUCGACAAAACAGAGAUAUACUACGAAAUGCUAAGAGACUGCUUUAAUAUAAAUCUAGGUUUGGGGAAUCAUGAAUGUGGCAUCUGCGAGGUGUGCGUGGGGCGGCUGCGGGACGCGAGCGACUUCAAGCUGCAAGUGCAGCGCUGCCAGGCUGAACUACAUGCACGACUCAAGGGAGUCAUCACUGCUAGUAACAAGUUAAAAAUCAAGUUGGAAAAAGCUUCUGGUGAAGAAACAAUUUUAAAUGAUAUUAAAGUGGAAAAGUCAGAGGUCGAGAUGGCAGAUGGCGAAAUCGUUUCAGUUUCAGUGGCCGUACACAAGCAACCGAGAACGCCUUCAGCAGAACCCGUCGUGCCAACGUCCAGCCCUACAUCUGCGCGCGAUCCAACUCAAAAUAACCUUGACAAUUCCGAGCUAGCUCCAGUUCCCAGUCACCCUAAAGAACACACCUGCGAUAUAUGCCAAAAAACCUUCGACAACCCAAAUGCAAAAUUUAAACUGACAAUCCAUCGCCGCUGCCACACCGGAGAGAAACCUUACGCAUGCAACGUGUGCGAUAAAAGAUUCGUACAAAAAAGCCACUUGAAUACUCAUUACGCCUACCACAUGGGAAAAUUCAAAUUCUCCUGCGAAGUAUGUAACGCGCGAUUCCUCCAUAAAAACCAGUGGAUCGUACAUAUGCGGAUACACACCGGGGAAAGACCUUACGCGUGUGAUAUGUGCAACAAAAAAUACAGAGAAAAAAGCCACUUGACUUUUCAUAAAAAAAGUCAUUUCAAAUCUGAUCCUGUGGACAAAAAGUACGAUUGUGAUGUUUGUGGGAAACGGUUUGCUAUACAAGGAAAUUUUUACAAACAUAAGGCACUACAUGAUAAAAACGAGAAAGAAAAAAAUGAAGGAAAACAGGAGGACCCAAAACCAUACGAGUGUGAAAUAUGUCACAAACAGUUUGCAUUAAAAGGUGUCUUGAAAAAUCAUAGAGAAAUACAUACUAAUGAAUCACCCUUCGAAUGUGAAACGUGUCAUAAGAAAUUCCGAGUGAAGAAGUAUUUAGAGGUGCAUAUGAAGGUACACGAAAACACAAAGCAACACGCCUGUGAAGUUUGUGGCCAACAAUUUACUCACAGAUCGAGUUUUAAACGUCAUACUGAAAUACACACAGGCGACAAACGCUUCUCCUGUGAAAUAUGUCACAAGCGAUUUGGACGCUCAACAAUUUUGCGAAAUCACAUGCUUAUACAUAGCGGGCUGAAGCUACACUCUUGUAAAGUGUGCGACAAGCAAUUUAGACAUAAGAAUGCUUUAUAUAUACAUGUGAGGAGACUGCACACCGACGAACGACCAUAUCCUUGCGAUAUAUGUAAAAAAGGGUUUGCUGAAUUAUCCGCCUUGAAAUUCCAUUAUAGAACUCAUACUGGAGAGAAACCAUAUGUUUGUGAAAUUUGUCAAAUGAAAUUUGUUCGACCUGAAGGUGUUAGGAAACAUCUGAUACGUGUUCAUAAUGAGAAACCUAAUAAAUUUGUGGUAAUCAAAUAAUGCAUAUAAUAAAUAAACAUACCAGCCAGUUUAAAAGAUACAGGAUUCCGUCGCUAAUUAGGCACUGGUCCCACCGCGAGCUAAACUAUGAGCUAUCGGCUAUAAAACGAACAAAAGAUAAUCACUCCCGUGUAAAUAAAAGAGACACGGCGAUGUUUAUAGUUACUCGCCCAGCGGUGAGCUAUCAAUAUGGCCGUGUCUUUGUUUGCACGGGAGUGCUUAUCUUUUGUUCGUUUUUAUAGCCGAUAGCUCAUAGCUUACUGGGGCGGUGGGACCAGUGCCUUACUUAUUAAUUUUUCCUCAUUUUUAAGGAAGUUAAUAUAUGUAUUUAUUUAUGUGUAGUAAAAUGUCAAAUAAUUAAGUUAGCUUAUAUGUAUUUUAAUUGUUAGAAGUUAUGGACCAUUGUGAUGUCUGAAUAU